UCACGUCAGUGCAUGCAUGAUUUGUUUCGAAAGGGCAAAUUGGAAAAGUGUGUAGAACAACAAUAAAGUUCGUACUCCUGAAGCGAUAAGUUCACCCAAUUUUCGAUUAAAAAAUCAAUACAAUUGACUAAAAUGGGACAAAGCAUAUCAACUGGGAGGAACGCAGCUUUGGGUUUACUUGACGAUACCUUCCUGGAACUUAUAACAUGGCGAACUGAAUCGCGCUUGAAUGAAGACAUUUCUGAGUUCACACAUCUGCUGCUGUCAAACGCCCUCCUUUUUUUACACACCGAACAACACAGAAGAAGAUUUACUCCAUGUCUGCUCGAAAUUCUUAACACUGUUCCAUUGAUAACCAAAAGAAAAGAAAUUAGUAUCACAUGCUGCUUAGCGGACUUGAACGCACUUUUCGACUUUUUCGUGUCUUUUGACGCGAUAAAAAACGCUGAAGAUGAUGUUUUGGAAAUGGUUUUGCACCAGAAUGAUGCUAUAGCUGAAUCAAUUAAUGUUAAUUUCACUCCCGAAAGGCAACGCGACAUCGCAACGGCCAACUAUAUGAUAAGUAAAGAGUUGCACCAACGCAAAUUUCGUAUGUGCUUGGAUGACCUGGUAAUGAUCGCGCAGUUCCGCCAGUCUGAUAAACCAGCACAAAUACAACUAUGGCUAGGAUCAAGUUAUAAACGGUCUGAUGACGAUGUACCGGAAUAAGUAUCACCGACGUCCACGCAACCAAAGAGAAGAUCAUCUUAAAAUUUUCGAUAAUAAUCUAAGUAGGUAUUUUAUGCGUUCUAAUUAGCUAUUUUUAAUGCUUAGUUUUAACAACCUGUUCCUUUUGUAUUUAAUAAUUUUUGCUGAUUUGAACUGCGAAAAAAGGCAAAUACAGAGCGCUUCUGUAUUAAACUUUCGGCAUGUUCAAAGCUACAGCAAAAAGAAAAUCUUAGCUUGAUGCAACUUCAUCAGUUUAGCAUAUUUUUGAUCAGGAUUCUUAGUCACAGCAAUUUUAGGUAGUGAAAUAAGUUAUUCGAGGCUGUGCAAGUUAUAACAUAACUGUGAUGAACGCAAGUAACCUGAUUCACUCAAGCGAAUGUUAAUCAUAAGAAAGAACGCUUGAACUAAGCAAUUAUUUUAAGAUUCCAAUCUUCCUUUUACGCAUUUUACAUUUUAGCCAUGAUCUGAAAUAAAUAACUCCCGUACC